UUUUCCACCAGAGAGACAGUUUUUAGAAACACAAACAGAAACUUUUUGAACGAAAAAAAACAAAAACAAAACUGAAACAAUCCCAAAACUCUUGUUUCCAUUUAGCGGACUUCAUUUUGUUCGAGUUUUGUUUUUGUUUUCGGUCCUUUUCCACCGGAAAACAAAAACAAAACACAAACUCGUGUCGACAACAACAUUUGUUGUCGCGAGGAAGUCAAAGCAGUUUUUCUUUAAUUAAAACAAUGUUUUUUUCUCAAGAAGAUUUUUUUAUUCUUAGUUGUGGAUGGUUAAUAUUGAAGUCAUUGGAAAAAAAGAGAAGAAGAAAACGCAAACACAGAUAUUGGGUUCGAUCACUUUUAUCUAGAAGAGUGAACGAUGGUGCUGCACAAUUGAUGAACGACAUCCAAAAUGAUGACUUUGGGUUGCAUGGGGAACUGCGCUCAUCUUUUCAUAAUUUUGUGAGAAUGUCUUCCUCUGAUUUUGAAGAACUAAUUACAUUAAUUGGAGGAAAAAUUGCCAAGUUAAAUACAAACUUCAGAGAUUCAAUUUCUAUUAAAGAUCGAUUAGCAGUAACACUGAGGUUCCUUGCAAGUGGGGACAGUUAUCAAAGCUUAAUGUACUUAUGUAAAAUAUCUGUUCCCUCCAUAUCACGAAUUAUACCAGAAGUGUGUGAUGCCCUAAAUGAAGUUCUUAAUGAUUACAUAAAGGUAAGCAAUUAAAAAUACUAUAUAUUUUAUUUAUUUCUG